AUGACUCAACAGGUCGCCCUGAAUUCAAUCUCGUCCCUCGAGAAUAGAAUCUGCCCGGGUUGCAAGCAGUAUGCUGUGAAUGAGAGUGGAGGUUUAGUCGUGGCGUUUGGUCCUUUUUUCAUGUUGACUGCUUUAAAUGCGCGAAAUACACGAAUUUGCUACUGCUUUCAGAUGGCUCACCAAUCUGCGCCAACUGCUUCGUACAACUGUAAUGUCUGCCACCAACCCAUUCUCGACGAAGCUAUCAUGACGGGAGACGACUCAUACCACGCACAUUGCUUUAAUUGCAAGGUUUUAUUCGCCAAGACAAGUCAUGGGAUCUAUUGCAUGACUUGUCAUAACGAACGCAUGGCCAAGAUUCGCCGCCAUGCACAGCGGAAACGUGAACGGGAGAAGGCUGUCAAUGGCAGUACAUCAUCCUCGACGCGAGAACGAGAGGCGCGAGAAUUUCUGGGAGAGAACGCGGUGUCUGAUCGAUCACAAGCUGUUUCGCCGCCUUCGUCUGUGCGUCUAAAGCCAUCAGGGACGACUUUUCGAGAUACUCCGUCCAUGAGGAGUCUCAAUCAACCCAGGGAGGACGCCUUGUCAACACUGGAACGAAAGCGCAAAUCAAUACUACUUCAAGAUGAAAUACCUCAAGCAUCAGCCAAGAAUGGUGCUCAGCUGCCGAUAUCUGGAAGCCCACGACCGGUUCAGCAUAACCUUCCUACCUCGUCACGAUCAUCACGUGAUGUGCCAUCACAAUCGUUCUCAGUAACCAUCGCACCCCCCGACAACGUUGACGUUGAUCAUACUAAAGUGCACGUAGAUGAUGACCCCGGCCCGUCGAGCCCACAAUUAUCAUCUCAGUCUGCGAGCCAGGGUGAUCCCAUGACGCCUUUAGAGGGUCUGCAGUCUCAGGAUGGAGCUAGAGGGUCAUUGUUAAGUCCAUCAUCAGCUGUGGAUCCAAGUAGCGCACUUUCCAGGAGAAAGAGCUACGAUGACGGUGUUCGGCCACUGAACAUCCUGUUUGGAAAGAAGGGAAAUGCGGAGAAGGAGUCUUUGGACCAGUCUAGUCUCGGCGUACCAAAUGGUGCCACGUCUCGCAGUGAAAAGCGGCGGUCCAUCAACCCAGGACUUGCUCUAGAUUAUAAACAUUUAUUCCCUACCGCACCCGGAGUUUCUCUGCCAGAACAGAUGGUUCGGUCGCAGACCCUGCCUAUAAACCGCAGCGACUCACCCGUUGCUCCCUCUCCAUCUCCCUCCAAACCAUACUUUUCUGAUUCAUUCUCAUCUCGCCGGGCAUCCAAUAUCAGUCUACUUCGUGAUAAUGCCUCAGGUUCGACCAUAUACCAUUCCCCUCCCCCGUCACCUGCUCCUACUACUCUUGAACACGGACGAGCAACUCCUGAAAUUCGUAUGCGUUCAAUAUCGCAUGAUCCCCAUCAACCCCUUUCCGCACCACCGCAUACCCACUCGGCGACCCCAUUACGUCCUCUCCAACGGAUAAAUCCCAAUUUAGAGAAAGUCUCUGCACGUUCAGACACUUUGAACCAUGCAAGCAACUCAGCCAACGGUCUAUAUACCCAGAAAGUUGACGGCCGACUGUCCCCUUCUGGCCCUUCGAGCGAGAGAACACUGCGCAUGGAUAAUAUGCCCACUGGCUCAAUGUCAGAUCGCUCCAGUGUGGUUACUCCAACGUCCCCAUCUCAUAGAGCGGAUGUCCCCCACGGAAUUGAGAGUGGUACAGACACGGACGUAGAAGGGGAUAACAUUCGCAAGUCCGAAGACGAGAGCACUUCGCCCAUUGCUGCUCCUCCUGUCCCAUCUAAGCAGCACAAGGCAAAGGCACACGCAAAUCAGCUCAAGCUGGAUAUUAACCCUGAUGUAUCUGCCUUGUCACACGUGGAUUCAAACUCGGAUGAAUCCUCGCCAGUCGAACGCACAUCCGUUGCAACGUUCAUCCAGCCCGCCCUUCUUCCCCCUAUUCGCUUUUCCAUGACGGGCUCAGACUUCUCAGACUUUCUGAAGUCAGUGGGCGGAAUGCCAUCUCUCAAAUCGCUCGAUCAGAUUGCUGAGGUGCAACAGCAGUCAGUGAUUCCAGUCGGAAGUCGUCAAGCUCAGGGAUCGGACCAUCAUCGGGAGCCCUCUAGUUCCUCUCAGUCAUCGACCGCACUAGAUGCCGAAGCCAGAGACCUGCUUUCAAACCUGUCUCACGAUUUCUCGCCAAGAGGCCGCUCUUCUUCCGAGUCGCAAUUUCCAUCACUCUCCUGUCAUGGAGCGAAACACGAGAGGCUGGACUCAAAUGCAUCAUUGAAUCCUAACGCCCGCAUAGCUGUCACGUCACCCGUUUCAACACCUGUAUCUGGCAAUUCAUAUGAUCUUGUGAUCCACCGCCUUCAUGAGGUUCUCGAUGACGCAAGCGAACGUGGCUAUCAGCAAUUGAAGUUGGACAACAAUUUCAUCGGAACCAUUAUUACGUCGAUGGAGCAACGACGGACAGAGUACGCAGCGCUCAAACACAAGUAUGACGGCACAAAGAGGGCGAGCCAGCAAUAUAUUGACGGUCUUACUGUUGCCCAGAAAGAACAUGACCGUGAACUUGUGGCUCGACGCAAUGCCGAGGCAGAGGUUACCCGCCUGCGUGUUUUAUUGUCUGGUCAAGCUGCUAAGUUGACUGCUCUCAACGGUGAGGCAAACAGAUCGGAAGCACGGCGACAGCUUUCCCAGGACCUUGCAAAAAAGCUGGAUCACUUAGAGCAUGAUCUUUCCCAGCUGAAAGCGGAGCGAGACAUGACUUUAGCAGAGCUUGAAGAACUAUGCGCGUCAAAGAAUUCCCCUGGUGUCGCAAACUCGGGCGAGAUGCCUGCCGCACAGAUGAGCCGGUCUUUGACCAUGCGUCUGGACAACAUCAAGAAGCAGUAUCAGCACGAGCUCAUCCCUCUCACCCAGCAGCGAGAGGCUCUCAUCAGAGAGGUGGCGGAGUUGAAGGCUGCCCGUGAACAAUUCCUCGAGGAAACGACUGUCCUUAACGCUCGAAACGAAGAAUUGGCGCAGCUGAGUGCUCAAUACAUGCGUCGGAUUGAGGCCUCCCGCUCUGCAACACCUACGAUGGAAGUCCUUACUUCGAAGGAAGAAUCAGCAGCAAACCCGCUUCGCGAGAAGAGCACAUCCUUUGACCGCGAUCACCCCCAGCCUGACCUCCCAUCGAUGGCUUCAUCACUCAACGGCUCAGGAGCUCCCAGCGCCACAACACUGGUUGAAGAAUCAGAGGCUAAGUUCAAGGCUAGCCGCCCCGAGAUAACAGACGCCUUACCCUCAACGCUGAAAUCCGCAAAGUUCAAGUGGCCCAUGGCUAGAGGUCGGGAUCCCUCGCUUUCGUCAGCUGAUCAGAAAGGCAAAGGUCGAGUGGCACAUUCCUUCAACCAGACGAGUGUACUCCGCUUUACGCGUUGCGAUCAUUGUGGUGACAAGCUAUGGGGCUCCCAGUAUCGAUGUUCAGUUUGUCAUAUAUCUGUGCAUCCUCGCUGCGUCAAUCAAGUGCAACAUACAUGCUCUCAACAGCCCCCUCGUCGAGACGAUGUCAUCACACAACCUCCUCCCUCUAUGUUUGGUCGCAGCCUUGUAGAACAAGUGAAAUCAGAUUCAAAGUGGGGUGAACGGAGGGUCCCUAUUAUCGUGGAGAAAUGCAUCGAUGCGGUGGAGGCACUCGCGCUGGACUACGAGGGCAUCUACCGCAAAACUGGUGGUAGUGGGCAAACGAAGGUGAUCACGCAACUAUUUGAGCGAGGGGACUAUAUGGCGUUCGAUCUGCGUGAUGACGACCGUUUCAAUGAUAUCUGCAGCGUCACUUCCGUCUUAAAGACAUAUUUCCGUCAAUUACCUGUCCCUCUUUUGACUUACGAUCUUCAUGGAGAGUUUAUCUUGGCCGCUGGACUCAAGGACCCCGCGCUCAAAACCAAGCACCUGCAGGAGUUGGUCGACCGCCUCCCCAGCGAGCACUAUCAUACUCUACGCCUGCUUGUAUUACAUUUACACCGUGUACUGGAACACAGCGACACAAAUCUUAUGAAUGCGAGGAACUUGGGAGUGGUCUUUGGACCCACGUUAAUGCGUUCUUCAGAUCCUGGUUCUGAGUUCAGUGACAUGGCCGGCAAGGCCUUGAUGAUCGAGUGGCUCGUAGAUAACGCUCCUUCUAUUUUCCAGUCGCAAACAUCCCGUUGAUUCUCACAUUCUAUUCCGGAUAAACACUUCCCCCGUAUGUUAUUGUAUUCUUCGUAUUUUCUCGGGUAUCA